AUGGCUACGCCACGUGGCAGUCUUGAGUAUCGGGUGGGAAUCCUAUAUUUUUUACGUUAUGCAUUUGGUGAUGCGGCUCCAGAUGUCACGAGACCAUGUCCUUGUUGCAAAUGCAUAAAUUCAUUGAGUCAUGAUCGUGAGACAGUACACGAACAUCUGAUGAUAAAUGGUAUCUUACAAGAUUAUCGCAUUUGGAAUUUUCAUGGAGAAAAACUAAUUAUACAAGAUCAUGAUAACAAAGAACUUCAUUAUUCAGUGCAACAAGUUUCUGAAGUAACUAGCCAUGAACCGAUGGUACAAGAAAUGUUGCAUGAUGCAUUUGGAAUUCAUGAAGGAUCUACAAGUAAUGAAAAUUACAUUGGAGCAUCAACAAGUCAUACACCGAUGGAGUCUAAUGUUAAAGAUUUCUAUCGACUAAUUGAGGAAGGGAAACAACAGCUAUAUACCGGAUGCAUAGAGUUUUCUAAACUGUCGUUCCUUGUUGAGUUAUUUCAACUAAAAGUGAAUGGAAAAUGGAGUGAUAAGUCAUUUACAGCAUUGUUGGACUUCCUUCGUCGAGUACUUCCAUCUGAAGCUCAAGUGCCUAAGUCGUUUUAUGAAGCAAAGAAAUUAAUUUCUAGUUUAGGACUUCAUUAUGAAAAAAUACAUGCUUGUCCAAAUGAUUGCAUGAUUUAUUGGGGAGAAAAUGAGAAUGAACAGGCUUACAAAGUGUGUAACCUUCCAAGAUGGAAAAAUUUGCAGAAAUCAUCAAGGAGAUCAUAUAAAGGUGGAAAAAAACGUCUCGAGGUUAAAAUUUCAGCCAAAGUCUUUUGGUAUUUUCCAUUGAAACCAAGAUUGCAACGGUUAUUCAUGUCAUCUAAGACGUUUGAAAAUAUGCAGUGGCAUUUCAAAAAACGUGUUUCAGAUGGAAAUCUAAGGCAUCCAGCUGAUUCUCGAGCAUGGAAGGAAUUUGAUGAACGUCAUUAUGAAUUUGCGUCUGAUCCUAGAAACGUACGCUUGGGACUCACCGCUGAUGGGUUUAAUCCAUUUAAAAAUCAAAGCACUUCACAUAGUACUUGGCCUAUUGUCCUGAUGCCUUAUAAUUUGCCGCCUUGGGAAUGCAUGAAGCCUUAUUCUAUUAUUUUAUCCACCCUUAUUCCAGGUCCAAAAGAACCUGGCAAUGAUAUUGAUAUAUAUUUGCGCCCCCUAUUGACUCAAUUGAAAGAUUUAUGGGAAAAUGGAAUUGCCACAUUUGAUGCUUUUAGUGAUUUUCCUGGUUUGGGUUGUUUGUCUGGAUGGAAUACAUAUGCCAAGAAUGCAUGCCCGACUUGUGUUGAUAAUACAAAUGCAGUGUACCUAAAACAUGGCAAAAAGUGGUCAUUCAGAGGGCAUCAUCGUUUUCUACCACCAGAUUCAGAAAUGCGAACAAUGCCAAGUUAUGGCAAACUAGAGCUACGUGAGUUAGAUUUGGCACCAUUGUUGGGAUCUGAUGUUCUACGAAUGACCUUAAACAAGAAUGUGAUUUUUGGUAAGAGUAAUGCAUCAAAACCAAAUGUGAGAAUAAAAACAAGAUCAAUUGAACAGAUGUGGAGAAAACAAAGCAUAUUUUUUAGCCUUCCAUAUUGGGAAUUUAAUUUGAUCCGACAUAAUUUGGACCCUAUGCAUAUUGAAAAAAAUGUUUGCGACAACAUUGUUGGAACACUUUUAGAUGAUGCUAACAAGAGCAAAGAUAAUUACGCAGCACGUAAAGAUUUAAAGAAUUUGGGUAUUAUGAAACAAUUAUGGCCUCGGGCACAAUCAGAUGGUAGAGAGUAUUUGCCACCUGCAUGUUACGCUAUGUCUAAAGAUGAUAAAAAGAUAUUUUGUUCUGUAUUAAAAGAUAUUCGUGUUCCUGAUGAUGGUAACAGCUCAUUAAACAAUCCUGGAACACGACAUAAAGAGACACCAAAUGAUGAGUUUCCCACACUACCGAUGUUUCCACAUAUAGGGCGACCAACAAAAGGGCUUCAAGUAGUUACCUUGGAUGACAAAACUCUGACUCAAGCUCAUAGAUAUAUUCUCUCUAAUUGUACAGUGUUGCAACCAUAUCGUGAUGAAAUAAAAAAUGAACUGAAGAGAAGACAUAGAUAUGGCCAACGCCCAAGUAAUUCUCAGUUGGAUGACAUGGUUAGAAUGCAAUUUCCAGAAUGGUUUGCAAGACGAGUUGAUCGAGUAAAUGAACGAAUCGAUGACUUAGAUCUUAGGGUGCUUUCGCGUGGUCCAAAUCCAGUAGCAUUUAGUUAUCAUGGGUUCAAUAUAAAUGGGUUUGCAUUUCGCACGGUGGAAUCUGAAAAAAAACAAAAAGGUUUCAAAAUUGAUCUAUUUGGAUUUUCAAUGCUAAAUUUUUCACGCUUGAUACAUACAGGAGGACGUGAGGAACAUGAACCUUUUAUUUUGGCUACGCAAGCUCAAAUGGUUUAUUAUGUUCGUGAUCCAAAGGAGGAGGAUUGA